CCACCGUUAAAAUCUCAUCAUCGCAGCCACUUUUCGCUAUCAAAGAUCAGAACUUUUUUCUUCCAUUCGAAAAAAUCUUCUCUUUCGCAGAUCAAUCACUCGAGAACAACAACAAUGGCAUUAAGGCCCAUCGACAACGCCCUGCCUGUGCCGCCACCGGAGAGACCAAUGAAGCAACUCAAAGUCUCUGCCCCAGCCGCCCAGAAACAGCCUGAAUCAAAAGCCAACGACGAAAACAUGGCUCCACUGCAGCAGCAGCCGCCGGCUGGAGAAGCCUCGAUUGAUUACGUACCUUCCGAGCAACUUGUCGCCAUUGACGAUCCGGACUCUGAGAUUCAAAGAAUGGUUGAGGGUUUAGAUUCAAAAGACUGGAUUAUGCUGUGCGCGUCGCUGAACAAGGCCAGGCAAUUCGCAAUCUUCCACUCCGAGCUCUUGCUUCCAAACUUGGAAAAGGCAAUGUCAGUGGUGGUCAAGUCGAUGAAGAACCCUAGAAGUGCUCUGAUCAAGACUUCUAUCAUGGCUUCCUCUGAUAUAUUCUCAGCCUAUGGCGACAAGCUGCUUGAUUCAACAACAGAUGCAUUUGACAGCUUGGUAUGA